GAUUUUAUAUUUUUGGAUAGCUGUUUCGUCAAACGAUUUGCUUAAAUUUGUUGUGACAAAAAUGAAGCUUGUUAGUUUGGUUUUUGCGAUAGCAAUGACAGUCCAACUAAAUUGCGUGUCUCGAUGUGAGGGGCAAACUGGGAUAAAGGUAAAGGUCAACAAUCGAGGUCUUAGAUUUGUCACUGAUGUUGUUAAAACAAUGGCUCAAAGUUACGUCACAAGCAACUCGAAUCUCGGCAGCUACAGUGGGAGAUAUAGUUCUUGGGUAACUGCAAAUUAUAACUUCAACAACUUGCGAGUCACAAGUUUUCUUUCGGGAAUGUUGGCCUUACGACGUCAUCACCAAACGUGAUCACACUUCGAAUUCGAUCAGCAUCUUUUGCAAUGAGGGGCCAAUGGAGUGUCAACUACCGUGUUUGGUUUUUUACCGUUGAUAAUGACGGCAGCUUCACAGCGGAUGCGAGUGGUGUGGAUCUCACUCUUUCUAUGCGGGUGGGGAGAGACCAAAACGGUCGGCCAACCAUAAGUUCUACUUCAAGUUGCUCAGCCAAUAUUGGAGACAUGAACGCUCGGGUGUCGGGCUCCAGUUUAUCAUUCUUGUACAAUAUCCUUUUGAGGUUUAACUCAAAUAGCGUUCGCAACACAUUCGCUGCAAGGAUCUGCCCAACUGUUAAGUCAGCGAUCCAAAGUCAGGCAAAUUCUAUUUUAAGAAACUUGAAUGUUAACUAUGCGCUGACCACCACCACAAGCAUUGACCUGGCUCUCUCCCGCCCUCCAACGACAGCGUCAAACCAAAUAACUGUGUUCUCAAGAGGACGCUGUUUCCCAACUAACAACCCUUCAAUGACAAUUCCAGUCACGGCAGAAAAUUUGCCAGAAUUCCAGAUGACGUCAUCUCAUAUGAUCCGCAUGAUCGUUGGGGAUUACGUCAUAAACACAUUUCUUUACGUACAAUGGGUUUCGGGAAGCUGGGAUUUCUGGUUUGGUCAGGACUCACUCGCAGGUUACGUUGGCUUCAACUUUACGACAGACACAAUGGCUGGAUUUCUACCAGGGUUCGCAAAUUUUGGAAGAAACAGGCCCCUUCGGUUUUUCGUACAUCCCACCGAGAGCCCUUUCGCUCGCACAACAUCGGAGAAUGUGAAUAUAACAGCCAAGUUUGACCUUGUUACUUUUGUAGUGGCUGAAAACGGUAGUUUGAACGAUGCUCUCAACAUUUCAAUAGCGGCUAGUUUGACUGGUAAUGUGACAGUAGAGAAUGGUAAUCUGCGUGGUCAGAUCAGUGCAUUAACUACCAAGUCAACCGUGUCCAGUUCCAAGAUCGGGGAUCUCCCCGUUGUCCUGGUCGAUCUGAUUGUGAACAACAUUGCCCAGAGAUUGCUGCCAAGCGUAAACAAUGUUUCAAUGACGCUGCAAACCCUACCACUCCCGUCUGGGUUCGGGGUUUCAAAUGUCUUCGUAAACACGGUGGAACACGGUUUGGAGAUAGCAACCGACAUGACACAUGCCGGUUAAUUGUAAAGAAUGCGGACGUACUUUUACCUUUAUCAGUCAGUUGCAAAAUAAAUUUCUGUGAAAUGAG